AUGGUCAAGGCUGUUGUUGCUGGCGCCUCUGGUGGCAUUGGUCAGCUGACAUUGAUCGAUAUACAGCCUCUUUCUCUUCUCCUUAAGACAUCCCCUCAUAUCGACGAGCUUGCUCUCUACGAUGUCGUCAACACCCCCGGCGUUGCCACCGAUCUCUCCCACAUCUCCUCCCGCGCUAAGACAACUGGCUACCUUCCCGCCAACGAUGGCGCUAAGGCUGCUUUCAAGGACGCCGACAUCAUUGUCAUCCCCGCUGGCAUUCCCC